CUUCAUCAUCACCAUAAAAGAAGGCAAAAAAAAAAGCAUUGGUGACAUCAAACUGAGAAAUGUGUCAACUCUUGACAUCUGCAAUGGCUAAAAGGCAUUGGAAGAGUGGUUAAUCUAACAAGAGGAGCAAAAUAACAGAGUAUAAUCCCUCCCCUCUACUUGAAUGUAGCCCUUGGCAAGCAUGUGAGCUCUAUAGCUAUCAACGGUGACAUCAAACUUACAUCCCAUUUUGAGGAUGAUGGACUACUAGCCUUAGUUGAAUUAGUAACGUAAUUGUUUAUAAUUAUUAGUUGGUUGAUACGAUUCGUUAAUACUAUUGUCGAUGAUCUUUGCACAUCAUUUAUGUAAACCAGAAAAUAUCCACCGAUACUUAUCUGAUCAUACGAGUCGGUUAGACGUUCGUCUGUUUAAAGACGUUGAUUGAUUAAUGAAAGGGCAGACAAGAAGUAUGAAGUGGAAAUACUCUUUUACUAUAAGUUCAACAGAGGACCCAUUUGGAAGCAACGGUUUUCUUAGCACUCAUCAUCAAACUAGCUAAUAGGACCAAGUUCAUACUACUCCUAGCAAGGAUCCAGAUUGGAAUUUGUAACAACAAUUAUUCAAUACCUUCACAUAAGAACACACAUGCAAAGAAGAACAGCAACAGCAGCAACACUCACGGGAACAAACAAACAAACAAAAGCACUCAAACAAACAACCACACAGAAAAGCCAAGCACCCCGCCUUAUUCUCUUCCUCCUCUUCCAGAAACAACACCAGCAGCAUUAAUUAAUAGAACACUAUUCUACUUUUUUCCUGCAGCACAACCUCUGCUCCCCUCUGUGUCCCAAAUGGUUAGUGGGGGCAGCAGAGAAACCGCCCGUGACCCUCUCUCCUUUCAUCAUCUCACAUUCUCGCACUCUCUUCUUCCUUAAUUUACCUGUCCUCCUUCAAGUUCCAUGUCACUUUCCACCUAGGUACCCUAACCGCACAUAUAUAUAUAGCCAAUGUUGGUCCAUAGACUUGCUACAUUGUUCCAUCCCUUCUUCUUCUUCUUCUUCGUUAAUCACAUCCUUAAAACCCAUCCUAUAAUGUCAGGGAUCCCCAAUUCCAUGUUUCUUCUCAUACUCCUGCUCCUGCUGCUGAAUUCAGGGCAAACAGCGUUCUGUCACACAAAGGGGCUAAAACCGGGGAACUCAAUGGGGAAUAAUCAACAGAUCCCUCCUCCUCCUGUGAAUUCCACGAGAACCCAAUUCUCAGAACAGCAGUUCCUCAAAUGGGUCAAGUUCGUCGGCAGCUUGAAGCACUCCGUCUUCAAACCAGCAAAGAACAAGCUCUUCCCUUCCUUCACCCUCACCGUCGACAAGAACCCGGUCACCGGCGACUUCACCUCGAUUCAGGACGCCGUCGAUUCCCUCCCUUUCAUCAAUGUCGUCCGGGUCCUGAUCAAGGUCCAUGCAGGCGUUUACACAGAGAAGGUGAGCAUCCCGCCAUUGAAGUCAUUCAUAACGAUCGAAGGCGCAGGGGCGGAGAAGACGAUCGUGCAAUGGGGGGACACGGCCCAAACUCCCGGCCCAAGAGGCCAGCCCAUGGGCACCUACGCUUCCGCCACGUUUGCCGUCAAUUCCCCCUUCUUCAUAGCCAAGAACAUCACUUUCAAGAAUACGACGCCGGUUCCAGCGCCGGGAGCCACCGGGAAGCAGGCGGUGGCGUUCAGGAUAUCGGCAGAUACGGCGACGUUUCUGGGGUGCAGAUUCCUGGGAGCGCAGGACACUCUGUAUGAUCAUCUGGGGAGGCACUACUACAAAGAUUGCUACAUUGAGGGGUCCGUGGAUUUCAUAUUCGGCAACGGCCUGUCACUUUUCGAGGGGUGUCAGGUGCAUGCAAUAGCGCAGUACACAGGGGCGUUAACGGCUCAGGGGAGGAGCAGCCUGCUGCAGGAUACAGGGUUCUCGUUCGUCAACUGUAAGGUCACGGGGUCGGGUGCCCUUUACCUUGGGAGGGCUUGGGGUCCUUUCUCGAGGGUCGUUUUUGCCUACACUUACAUGGACGACAUCAUCAUCCCCAAAGGCUGGUACAAUUGGGGCGACCCUACCCGUGAAUUGACGGUUUUCUAUGGGCAGUACAAGUGUACAGGGCCCGGAGCCAGUUUCGCCGGCAGGGUGGCGUGGUCGAGAGAGCUCACCGACGAGGAAGCCAAGCCUUUUCUUUCGCUUAGCUACAUUGACGGCUCUGAAUGGGUCAAAUUGGAAAUAUAAUAAAAGUUUUGGGACCUUUUUUGGUUGUUUUCUUUUUUCACUCCGAAGUGUGAUAUUUGUAAUUUUACUUCCUUCUGCUUUCCCUCUUUCGCUUUGUACAAAAAGGAAAAGCUAGGUCAUUACUCAUUAGUUUUGCUAAAUAGGAUUUGGUAGUGUGGAUUAGAUUAACCUAAAUGGGAUGAUUGCUCUUUUAAAGAGUCAUUUCCCAGUUAUAAUAAAUGUCAAUCACAAUGCAAUAAAUAAUAAAAGAGUUAGGUAUUCUAAAAAAAAACAAUUCGUAGUUAGUUUACCUUCAAUUCUACGAAGUAUCUCUAUUAUUAAAGAAUGAUUUGAAAAGAGAAUUGAAGAUUAAAGGAGGAACGAAUUUGAAUUUCACAUACGAGAAAAUUUGAAAAAUUGGACAUUCCAAAUAUGGGCUUAAGUGCUCGUUUGGAGAAUAUGGGUUUAAAUCUACAGAUUGUCAACAAUUUAAAGAUUCUAACACUCCAAAUUGUUGAAAUCAUAUUUUAAAAUAUUUAUUGUUUGGUAAGUGGUAACUGUGAUUGUUAACAUUCAAUAAAAAUAAAAAAUUUAAUUUUAUAUUAAAUAAAAUUUAUAUCCUUAAUAAAAAAAUUAGAGUGGUUCAAGAAAUAUUAAAAACUUUGUUGAUAGAUAUAUUUCAUGUGAUAAAUAAAUAAAGUAAGAGAAAAAAUAGGAGGAAAAAAAUUUCCCAAAUCAAGAUAUAGGAUCUCUCUGAUUAUGAGAUAUUUGAUAUCCGUAGAUUUUAGAGAUUUGAAAUCUCUAAAGUUAGAAUCCACAAUACAGAAAAUAACAAAAAAAAAAAUAUAUAACUUUUUACAAAAUCUACAAAUUCAGUAAAUCCAUGUCCUGAAUCCUGUAUUCCGGUUCUCCAAACUAGCCCAGCAAUAGUAGACCUUGUAAUUGGUGAUUGGCAGAUCAACUGUUGGGCUGAAAGGUAUUGAGUUCAUGUUGGCCCUUACCCAAGCCUAUUGCGGAAAGCAGAUAUGGGCCAGAAAAUUGGGCCCUCAUAACUUGCAACCCAGGCCGCGGCCCAGAUGUAGGAACCCACAACCGUUAGCGCUGAGCUUCAAACGCCUCGACAGAUUUAUUGGCAUCUUCGGAUCAUGGUCCAUUAAACCGUACCGUACCGGCGGUUCAAACACAAAAUACCAGUAUCGGAGGCUAACCCGAUAGGCGGUAUUUAACGGUAUUAACGGUUGAACUACGGUUCAACCACGAUUUUACCGUAAAAAUACCCUACUACUAACUUUUCCGGUACGGUUUCAUGGACCAUGCUUCGGAUACCUUUAGAUGAAAAUGGACUUUCGCCAUGGCGAUUUCAUGGAAUCUGUAUAUAAGUAUUGUUAUUAUUUUAAUAAAAUAAAAAACAUUUUGUGACCUCAGUUAAACUAUUUUAGAACCAAAUGAUGCCUUAAAUGCAUUAAGUUUAGAUAAAAGAUGUGAUUGAAUGUACGAGACGGAUGUUAUCGGGUAUGAGGAGGAUAUGAAUAUGGGGAUGGUGAUGGUGAUAAGUUCAACGCAAUUCGUCCCAAAUACCUUUUCAGCAUGGCAGUAUGUACUCCCCUUUUUGCAUGCAUGUUAUGCACUUUUUUCAUAUAUAAUGUUCGGAUAAUUUGUUUCGUCUCAAAACAAUCUUACUCUUAACUCUUCAAUUAAAUUAUGACACGUAG